AUGGCUUUUGACCUUGAGGAAGCCAAGGCUCAUCUCAGAGAACACGGCUGGGUGCGCGUUCCAUCGGUUCUCACAACAGAAGAGGCCGCCGCCGCUCUUGAGAAGUUGUGGAAGGUUAAGGCAGCUGCUGAGGCCCGUGGCGAGGACACAUACCUGUCGUUUCUGGACCCAAACCCCAGCAAUGUGCGCGUCUUCUACCUGAUGGAGCUCGACAAGAUCUUCCGGGAUCUCAUUUCGCACCCGACCGCCAUUUCCAUGGUCAAGGCGGUGCUGGGAGAGAACUUUCUCAUCAGCAACUUCACUGCCAACAUUGCCCGACCCGGAUCGCAGAGCAUGGCGCUGCAUUCGGACCAGAGCAUCGUCUUCCCUGAUCCAUGGCAAGACGUCUGGGCGCUGAAUGUCAUCUGGUGCUUGACAGACGUCAACAAGGAGAACGGGGCGACGCAGUAUAUCCCAGGAUCCAACAAGUGGGUGUACCGCAAGCAGGUGCCUCAGAACGCGCCGGAGAUGUUGGUCCCGUUCGAGGGCAAGGCCGGCGACAUCAUUGUCAUGGACGGCCGCGUAUGGCACACCUCAGGCAGCAACGUCACCAAGGACCAGGACCGCGCGCUGCUUUUUGGCUACUACACCGCGCCAUUCAUGCGUCAGCAGGUCAAUUGGACGGCCAAGUUGCCAAAGGAGAUUCAGGACUCCUGCAGCGAGGACCUCAAGGAGUGGCUUGGUCUCAACCCUGUUGGAAACAUCGGCAUGACCGGUGAUUUGAGAUACAUGUCGGUACAAUACCCUGACGAGAAAAAGACGGCUUGCGAUUGA